GUUUGAGCAUUGGAAACAGAGGAACGCGUCGUCAUUUGUUGCCAAAUCUGUCUGCGCUCUUUACAUAUAUAUAUAUAUAUUACUCUCCUCCUCCCUUCCUCACUCAAAAUCACACAAAUUUUUACCUUUUUUACUUCUUCUCUCUGUCCAUUUCUUUCCUUGCACCAGGAGCUAUGAUUCGGCUUUUUAAAGUAAAGGAGAAGCAGAAAGAACUUGCUGAAAAUGCCAAUGGAGGGGUACCCAUCAAAAAGCAAACUGCUGGAGAAUUACGUCUUCAUAAGGAUAUUUCUGAGCUGAACCUGCCUAAAUCAUGCACCAUUUCAUUCCCCGAUGGCAAGGACAAUCUGAUGAAUUUUGAGGUUUCAAUCCGACCAGACGAAGGAUAUUAUUUAGGUGGCACAUUUCUGUUCUCUUUUCAAGUUUCUCCCAUCUAUCCACAUGAGGCACCGAAGGUUAAGUGCAAGACCAAGGUUUAUCAUCCUAACAUUGACUUGGAAGGAAAUGUCUGCCUCAACAUCUUGCGAGAAGACUGGAAACCUGUCCUCAAUAUAAACACUGUCAUAUAUGGAUUAUAUCAUCUUUUCACGGAACCAAAUUAUGAGGAUCCCCUUAAUCAUGAUGCUGCUGCAGUGUUGAGGGAUAACCCAAAAAUGUUCGAGUCUAAUGUGAGAAGAGCUAUGGCUGGAGGGUACGUGGGGCAAACCUUUUUUCCACGGUGUAUUUAGCUUUCGUUUGGCAGCGCAAAGUGCCAUUUCACUUAAGUUAUCCAUGCUUGAAUGCCUGUGGUUGUAAAAUUUAUCUGCAAUUUACAUUCUGUCGUCUUUUUCAAUUUUCUGUUUGGAGUUGGGGGCAUUAGUUCCUAGAAGUGCAACUUAAACAAAAACAUAAUUUGUAUGUUACUGUAACUCAUCUGAUGUGAUUUGUAUGUUAACAUGUUGUGACUAGGCUAGACUCUGUGUAUGGCUUAGAGAAUUACGCUUUGUCAGUCCUUAAUGUGCACACUUGUGCAUAGCAUGACACCUGGUUCUUACCAUACCUUUCGUGGUCUUGAAAUGAACAUCUGCUAUUCUUUCA